ACCACAGCGCUCGGUCUCCAGCGGCGGUGGCAGCGUUGACAGCGGCCCGGGUGCCAGGUCCCCGCGCCGCGCCGCAUCCCGCCUCAUCAGACACGCUCCCCGAGUCCCCGCCGGCGCCGGUGCCCACCAUGGGGAAGCCCACGAGCUCUGGAUGCGACUGGCGCCGCUUCCUGCGGAAUCACUGGCUGCUGCUCUCCACCGUGGCCGCCGUGGUGCUAGGAAUUGCCAUAGGACUCUUGGUUCGAGGACACAGUGAGCUCUCAACUCUGGAUAAAUUCUACUUUGCGUUUCCUGGAGAAAUUCUAAUGAGGAUGCUGAAGCUUGUCAUUUUGCCAUUGAUUAUAUCCAGCAUGAUCACAGGUGUCGCUGCACUGGACUCCAACGUAUCUGGAAAGAUUGGCCUGCGUGCUGUGGUGUAUUAUUUAUGUACCACCAUCAUCGCUGUGAUCCUAGGCAUUGUGUUAGUUGUGAGCAUCAAGCCUGGUGUCACUCAGAAGGUGAAUGAAAUCAACAGGAUGGGCAAAACCCCCGAAGUCAGCACAGUGGAUGCCAUGUUGGACCUGAUCAGGAACAUGUUCCCUGAGAACCUGGUCCAAGCCUGUUUUCAGCAGUACAAAACCAAGCGUGAAGAAGUGAAGCCUGUCAGUGAUCCUGGGGGGAACUCGACAGAGCUGUCUGUCUCCGCGUCUGAGAACAAGACAAAGGAGUACAAAAUCGUGGGCCUGUACUCAGACGGCAUCAAUGUCCUGGGCCUGAUCAUUUUCUGCCUUGUCUUCGGACUUGUCAUCGGAAAAAUGGGAGAGAAGGGGCAGAUUCUGGUGGAUUUCUUCAAUGCGUUGAGUGAUGCAACCAUGAAGAUCGUUCAGAUCAUCAUGUGUUACAUGCCGGUUGGUAUUUUGUUCCUAAUUGCUGGGAAGAUCAUAGAAGUGGAAGACUGGGAAAUAUUCCGCAAGUUGGGCCUUUACAUGGCCACUGUCCUGAGUGGGCUUGCGAUCCACUCCGUUGUGGUUCUGCCACUGAUCUAUUUCAUAAUCGUGCGGAAGAACCCUUUCCGCUUUGCCCUGGGCAUGGCGCAGGCUCUCCUCACAGCCCUCAUGAUCUCGUCCAGUUCAGCCACCCUGCCGGUUACGUUCCGCUGUGCGGAAGAAAAGAAUCAGGUGGACAAAAGGAUCACGAGAUUCGUGCUGCCUGUUGGCGCCACGAUCAACAUGGAUGGCACUGCACUCUACGAGGCCGUGGCCGCUGUGUUCAUUGCACAGCUGAAUAGCAUGGACUUGAGCAUUGGGCAGAUCAUCACCAUCAGCAUCACAGCCACAGCUGCCAGCAUUGGCGCUGCUGGUGUGCCGCAGGCUGGCCUGGUGACCAUGGUGAUCGUGUUGAGUGCUGUAGGCCUGCCUGCUGAGGAUGUCACCCUGAUCAUCGCCGUUGACUGGCUCCUGGACCGGUUCAGGACCAUGGUGAAUGUUCUGGGUGAUGCGUUUGGGACCGGCAUUGUGGAAAAGCUCUCCAAGAAGGAGCUGGAGCAGAUGGACGUUUCAUCUGAAGUCAACAUCGUGAACCCCUUUGCCUUGGAACCCACAGUCCUCGAUAAUGAAGACUCAGAUACCAAGAAGUCCUAUGUCAAUGGGGGCUUUGCAGUGGACAAAUCCGACACCAUCUCCUUCACCCAGACCUCACAGUUCUAGAGGCCCAGCUUCAGAUGACUGGGAUGAUGAAGGACAACUCCACAGGAGCCAUCUCUUAGCAAACUCCAACACUGAGGAGAGAGAGGAACACUGAGAGUCAACUGUACAUUUGAGUUUGAUAAACAGACCUCCAGAUUAUUUUCUAUAUUUGGCUUUAUAGCCUUUGUUCUCUGGGUUGGGGGAUUUGGGGGAGGGUAGACUGAAAGGAAAUUAAGAAAGUUGUGUUAUCAGGAUUUUCUAAUUCUAUAAAACAAAAUUUUGAAGUAUAUGAAGGAGCAACUGUUGGGAUUAGGUAAUGGAUAUGGAAGAUAAAUUGCUUUCUCAUGCACAGACCAGUGUUUGGGCUUUUUAAAUAAUAUUAUUACUGGCUACAAAUUUUUACUCAGGCUUUCUAUUGGUAUGACUUCCUUUGUCUUCUCACUUUUUAUAGAUUAUAAUGCAUGUCAAAAACCCUACCCAGUUAAUGUGCCAAAUUUUUCCAUUUGACCUCAACUCCAGCCACUCUCAAACUACUCUGGAAAAAAAAAAAAAAGGCAAAAAGGAUCAGCAUAGUUCUGCAAUAACAGUUUUAAGAUAGUUAAGGGGUUUAGGGGGAAGGGAAAGGGUUUUUUUAUUCAAUGUACUGUAUUGGAAUGCUGGUAGCUGUUUAGCCAGUGUUCGGUAUAGAACUAUAUGUAUAUGUGUGUAUAUUUAUUAUUUUCAUAUAAUUUUCAAGACAGAGACCAGUAAUGAACUAUCAAUGUGAAAUAAGAAGCUUUCUCUUUGUACUUGAAUCAAAACUAUAGUUCCAGCCUAGGUGUGCUUCAGAGCUCACCAGAACACUGUCUGGAACUCUGGGAUGAAAAAUCAAGUUGCUGGGUUACUGUGAUUCAGCCCUAAAGUAAAAAUGUGUUAUGGUGAAAAUCUAAAGUGGCACAGCCAUUCUUUUACAACUUCCAGGCUCAAGGUCCCUCAAUGUUGGCAUGGAAUAAGUGCAUUUACAAAGACAACACUCCCAGUGGCUGGCUGUGCUCAGAUCCCCAUGGAAGGCUUUGUUCUUCAAGUACACACCCACCUCACAAGGCUGCCCACCUCACAAGGCUGCCACUUUGCUGCCCUUGGUCUUCUCUGGCCACCAGGGCCAAAAGAGCUGUGUCAAGCCAUUACCUAUGUUGUUUCAAAAUGGGCUGCCUAAGGUGAACAAGCCAUGUUGCCAAGUGACCAAGCUAUCUCUAUACUGUAUUCUUUUUAACUUUUUUUUUUUUUUUUUUGAGACGGAGUUUCUCUACAUAGUUCUGGCUUUCCUAGAACUCACUAUGUAGACUAGGCUAGCCUCAAACUCACAGAGAUCCUUCUCCCUCUGCCUCCCUAGUGCCAGGCUGAAAGGCAUGUGCCACCAUGCCUGGCUUUAUACUGUAUUCUUACAGAAUAAAAUCCAGGCCGUGAGCUAAUGGUUCAGGGGAAAUGCUUCAGGCCUCCUCCUCCAGAGAGGACUGUUCUGAAAACCUUGGCCUUUCGGCUUAGAAUCCUCUGCCUGUCUUUCUCCUGCUGGUUUCUGAAGAUAACUUAUUAAAAGUCUAUGCUUUCUGUCCUCAUCCUGUAAAUAAAGCUCGACAAAAACUUGUAAUUAA